UAAUAGAGAAGAGAUAGAUAGGGUAAAUAGGAAAAUAGAAUAAAUAGGCUCGUGAAUGUGAAACUACGUUCAUGCAAAAAUAGCUGUGACGCGUGUCCAUGAGAGUGCGCAGCAUUCGCAGGUGAAACUUAACCUACCGCACAUCCCGUUCUCGUCCACCCAAGACGCCAGCAUCGUCGGUUUGUGUGUCGUAUAUCACGAUCACCCCGGUGGUGAAACGUUCUCAGAAAACUUCUUCAGAGAGUUCCACAAGUCCUCCCCAGGGUCCAGUCGUGACUCCACCACGCACAUCUCCACGAGAUCCAGAAAUUAUCAUAAACUGGAGGGUUGUAAAGUGAGGACGAGGGAGAAAAAACGAGUGAUGACUGAUAAAUCAAGUAACGGUGAUUACAAGUAUCAGAUGGACGACGAAGGAGGUGGAGCUGGAAGUGGUGGUGAGGAUCAGCCGAGAAUACCUCUGGAAAAGGAUCGAGACGAGAAGGAUCAUCAGACGGACAAAGUUGGGGAGUAUAUGAGGGAGUUACUCGCUGAGAAACUUGCACUUGAUCCCCAGAAGUGGCCCAAUGCCCUGCGCCUCAUCGACCAAGAGAUUCAGAAGACACAGGCCAUUGGAAAACCAAUUCGGGACCCUAAGUAUGUGGAUAUCUACAGGGAGAAACCGAUCAGGGUGUCUGUCAAGGUCCUAGUUCCCGUGCGAGAACAUCCGAAGUUCAACUUUGUUGGAAAAUUAUUGGGGCCAAAGGGUAACUCAAUGAAACGUCUCCAAGAGGAAACCAUGUGUAAAAUGGCGGUAUUGGGCCGUGGAUCGAUGAAAGACAGACAAAAGGAGGAGGAAUGCAGACAAUCCCUGGACCCAAAAUACGCUCACCUUGCUGACGAUCUUCACGUGGAAAUAGCAGCCCUUGCACCACCAGCCGAGGCCCAUGCUAGAAUUGCAUUCGCUCUCGCCGAAGUGCGAAAGUACCUCAUACCGGACAACAACGAUAACAUCAGACAGGAGCAGAUGAGGGAGAUGGAGCUCAGCAUGUCGGAUGAUCCUGGCUCCAGUGAUGAGAGACGACCCAGUUCAAGAUCCGCCGGGAUCCUGAGACCGAGCAGCCGACCUGCACCCCCCAGGUCCUCUCGAGCUAUGCUACCGCCUCCAUCCUCUCGUGGACCAAUAACUCGUCCUGUACCCGCAAAAACCAAGGUGUUUUCCAUUCUGGAUCGUGCCAGAGUGGCCAUGGAUCAGAGUUACGGAUACGAGGAUCCGGCACCACAUCCACCACCCAGCCGAUCUCACCACGACUAUGAUUACCAUGGAUCAUCCAGCAGCAGCAGCAGAUAUGAUCGGCACUAUUCGCCUCCUUCCUCGGCUUAUAGAGACGAUGUCUACUCCUCUUCAAGAUACAGCACGUAUGAUUAUGAUGAUGAUCCACCACCACACUCGUCUCAUGAUUACUAUGACAGCUCUGAUUAUCCGGAGGAAUCUUCCGGCAGAGCUUGGAAAUCGUACAAGACAACGACGACCUCUGGUUCCGCGUCACGCUAUCGUUCAGCCCCAUACACACGACCUAGCAAGUAAAUAUGCGUUUUUUUUACCUUACUUUCAGUGCAAAGGAAAAUACGGAAUAUUCAUUUAAUUGAAUAAUUGAAUUCUAAUCGGUCUGGCUAAUUUAUUUAUAUAACGGACUUGUGAAAUUUCUAAAUUAAUCUCGAAAAAAAAAAAUUAUUUUAUGAUAAUUAACAAAAACGAUUUUUUUAAACACAUAAUUGUCACACCAGGAUCGAGGUGAGAAUUAAACGUAAGACGUCGUAGUUAAGAAGAAAUUGACUAAAUAAAUUGACACGAAUAAAUUUUAAAAAAUCAUCAAAAUACAACAGAUGAAAUUAACUGGGAAGCAGAAGUGGAAAUUUAUAAAGAGAUAGAUUGGCAGAUAAGCCACCUAAACUAAUUAAAAUUGAUAAUAUUUGUAAAAAAACAAUCAAUUAUGGAAAUUACAAUAUUCUGAUGCGUGGGGUAUAUCUUUUAAUCAAUUUAUAAUUAAACUAUAUGAAACUAUUUAGUAUGAUAGUUCUAUAAAUAAUCAAUUUUUAUUGAGAUAAAAACCACUAACAUGAGAAAAUGAACAAAAAAUGCUACGAAAUUAUUCGUGUGUGUAAUAAUAUUAAAAUCAUAUUAAAUGUCAGCUUCUUAUAAACGUAAUAAUCACUAAAACAUCACAUAGACAGCAUCACUUACAUAGCUAUUGUGGAUAUAUAUAAAAAUCAUGAAAACAAGUUACAUUCAAUCUCUUCUCGCAAAGUGGUCGUUAGGAUAAUUACAGUCAAGAAAUAGGUAUUUCAAUAAAAUGAGCAAGAAAAAAUGGACAUAUAAACUGUAUUUCAUCCGUAAAUCCAUUAAUCUCUGUAAAUGUUAAAUUACCGAGAAAUUUCAUUUAUUAAUAAAAUAAUAAUCCACACAAGACAAAUGACCUCCAGUCGAUAAAAAAUAUCAAAUAAACAAAAUCCUGUGCCCAAAAAUAAUUAAAUAAAGAGAGUAAUUCAGAGAA